AUGAGUUCAACCGACAACAAAAAAGAUGACGCGAUAAAGAAGCCAGAUGUCGAGGCGGACAAGGACAAGGCCGAAGGGGUUGAUGGCGAGGAGUUGAGGUUCUCACCAGAAGAGGAACAAGCCCUGGUCGAAGAAUCCACCGCUGCCAAGGAAGAAGCCAACGCUCUCUUUGCUUCCAAAGAGUAUCAAAACGCUCUAGACAAGUACGAUGAUGCAAUCAACUCUUGUCCAAAGUAUCUAUACUUCCCACGAGCUGUCGUAUACAGCAACAUCGCUGCCUGUCACCUCAAGCUUGAGCAAUGGAAGGAUGCCAUCAAGGCCGCCUCGGAUGCCCUGAGCUCUUUAGAGAAGCUCGAGCAAAAGGACCCGUUACUGAACCCAGAUGGGAAGAAGGAAGAGGAAGAGAAGAAGAAAGAGCAGGACGAUGAUGUUGAAGAGGAGACUGUCAGCUCUGGCGCCACGCGAGCCGCUCCGGCUCCUGAUUCAACUGACGAUGCUGUCAAGACUCUCAAGGCCGACAUCCAGCGUAUCCGCAGCAAGUCCCUCAUGCGCCGUGCUCGUGCUCGCUCCGAGGCUGGCGGAUGGCAAAACUUGGCCGGUGCUGAGGAGGACUACAAGGCACUCGCCGCCAAGCCUGAGAGUCUCGCACCAGCCGACCUCCGCAUCGUCCGAACUCAACUACGACAACUACCACCACGCACCAAGGCCGCCCAGGAGAAAGAGAUGGGAGAAAUGUGGGGAAAGCUAAAGGAUCUAGGAAACGGCAUCCUGAAGCCGUUUGGACUGAGCACAGAGAACUUUCAGAUGGUCAAGGACGAGAAGACGGGCGGGUACAGCAUGAAUUUCCAGCCCGGUGGGGGCUCCUCCGCGAAAUCCUAA